CCUCGUCUUCCUCGCAUUAUGAUUGAAGGCGCUAACUUCCAAGCCCAACGUCCAAGCCUUGGGCUCUGGAGCAAACCUGCAGCACAGCCUAUAAAGGCCAGCAAUAUGGCUCAAACUCUGUGCUUCUGCUCAAUCAAUUGUCAGUUUAAAACUUUCCCUGCUUGGUGCAAUACUUUCUCACACCAAUUGCUGCCAAACUCCCACGCUGUGUUCCGGAGACGGAAAAGACGCAAGCCUCAGCUCUGUUCAGCUCAAAGAGCAAGCUUCUUCGGGCUCCUCCGAGCGCACAACCCCCAACCAGCAAUCGAGCAUGGCAAUCAAGGAGGUUAAGCCUGCGGUUAGUGGUGACCCAAUCAAGCACCACCAGCCCCAAAGUGCCGUGCAGCAGUCAGAAAUUAGCCUACCCCCAGCGGCAGCUGACGGUGUCUUCAAAGUUACGGGACAGAAUGGCUUCCUGCCGUUGGUUCCUGCUCUUAGGCAGCUCCCUUCAGGGAGGUAUGAUCUGCUGGAGACCAUCAUGCAGCGCAUCCCUAUCGCUCUCAAGGAGGCUGCACCUGAUGCCCUGAAGAAAGAGGUCCUUGCGAUUCCUGAGAGUGUGGCUGAAGACUGGCGAGCAGCCAUUGAGGUGGAAGAAGAUACACAGCUGGCUCAGGCCGUGUACCGUGACCUCAGCAUCCUGACCGCCGCUUACAUCACCGAGGGCCGGCAAAAGGAGAACCAUUCCCGCGCGCUCGUCCCAGCGGUCCUCGCGCGCCCUUUCUAUGCUGCCGCGAAGCGCGUCGACCAGCAGCUGAUCAUGGAGUACUCUUCGUAUUGCCUGAACAACUUCUACUCGGUGGACGGCUCCGAGGGCGACUGGACCAAGCUCCGGCUCAUCCGCUCGUUCGACGGGGGUCCUGAGGAGGCGACCUUCAUUCUCAUUCACUCGAUCAUCGAGCACAACACGCCGCGCAUGAUCGAGGUUAUCGAGCGGGUUAAGGAGGCGGUUAAGGCCGCUGACGUGGCCGCGUGCGAGGAGGGGCUCAAGGAGUUGCUCAAGGUACAGGAGCGGCUAUUGGUCUGCGGCCUUCAGAUGUUCAACGCCUCCGACCCGGAGUGCUACGUGGACAAAGUCCGGCCGUGGAUCUUCGGCUACAAGAACAACCCGGACUUCCCGGACGGCGUGGUUUUCGACGGGGUUCUGGAUAACCAGCCCCAGUUCCUGCGGGGCGAGACCGGCGCGCAGAGCAACAUCAUCCCCGUGCUGGAUGCGCUUCUGGGGAUCGAGCACGCGCAUGACGCGCUCUUCCAAAUGCUCAAGGAGCUGGAAGACUACCGCCCCGCGGGGCACCGGCGGUACCUCCAGGACAUGCGGCGCGCCAUGUGGGGCGAUGACGUCAGCGAACCGCGCGCUGACGUCACCCGCGCGCACGCCCUGCGCGCGCUCGUGGAAGAGCGCGGGUCGCGCGAGCUCGCGGCGACUUUCAACGAGUGCGUCAUGGCUGUCUACCUCUUCCGCGCGAUGCACGUUAUCUAUUCGGACCUGUACAUCGGGCGCAAGACUGCCAAGGAGGCGGCCACAGGUGGCACCCCUUACAAGGUGUACCUUCGCAAGCACCGGGACGAGAGCAUCCGUCAGCAGAUCCAGAAAUUCCCCGACGCCGUCUUCUCGUCCCCUCUCCCGAGCGCGGAGGAGGUGGCGGCCUCUUUGGACGCGUGCCGCAGCGGAGCGUCGGAGAACGGAAUUCCGUCCAUUCUGCGCGCGAUUCCGCCCUUCUCGCGCAUGAUCGCCGAGCACGGAAGGGGCCACCCGUCGCUCAAAACGAAGAUGUACCCGUCCAAGGAGUGGGCGUUGUCGGCGACGGACAUGCCGUGCGUCUAAGCGCUAGGGUCGCCCAUGCGUCACGUUGGAUAAGUUUGAUAGAGGCGCCCUGUCUGUUCGAUGCAUGCGCAACCAGGUGUGUUGAGAAGCGAUAGGUGGUUCGGACAACCCAUAGCGAAUGGCGUUGGCAAGGACAGUCCUAGUUCACCGUGACUACCGAACUUCAAACAUCGAAUGUAUUGAAAAGCAU